CUCCACCUCCGCUGCCUGUUUUGUGCAUUCCACAAAUUAUUUUCUUGUUGGGGUUUUUCUCGUGAACUGUUCAGAUGGGAACCAGGGACCAGGUCCUCUCUGUUCACCAGACCGGAGCCUCUCCUUCAAGUGACAUGGCUUCUGAAGGGAAAGAAUCUGCAAAAGAAGGCUGGCGGCAUCAUCUCUCCACCUGGUUUGAUAUUGAAAUUGCUGCGGUGGUGACCAUCCUACUAGGGAUUUUCCAGCUGCUGCUGUCUGCCUCACUUAUCCAGACGGAUCAAAUUAUGUCCCGGUUCUUCAUCCUGCCUUUUGUGUUAGGAACGGUCAUGAUAACCGGGGGAUCCUUUACAAUGGCUAACGAGAGGCAAUCGAGCAAUCUGCUGCUUCGUGGCUGUGCUUUCAGCAAUGUGCUUGGUCUACUGGGGUCACUGCUGGGCUUCUGCAUUUAUAGUUACACCCUCGCCAAUCCCAAUAAUAUAGGCUCAUGUCAGCCUUAUAACUACCAGCUCCAUGAUUUGUGUCCUGAGGAAAAACUAGCGGCUUACACCUGGAGCCUAAAUGUUCAACUGCUGCUCUAUGACGCUGCGGCUGUAGUUACAAGCUUCCUCUUGUCCUUCUGCGCCUUCAAAGCACUUAAACAGACCAACACACAAACCUAACACACCAUAUAUUAAGGUAUAGUAAGUGAACUGAAUAAUAACUGCAGAGUAUUGUUUCAGCAGAGUUUAUGACUGCAGUGCCUUAUGGCUGUAUUUCCUUCAUACAAAAUGUGUCCUGAUAUAUACCUGAUCCUUACAUAGAACACAUAAAGAUUGUCUUUUAUGUUCUUUGUAACUUUGUAAUAAAACUAUUAAAAGAAUGUAUUAUGUUCAUAUCCCUAAA